CAUUGAACAUGGCUGACGAAUGUGCUGACGAGUCGGGAAGAAAAAAGACUCAUCAAAAUGAUCCAAAUCAACAUGAGGAUGUAGCUGCCAUUCCUCGACCUCUGUACGAACAGAUGACAGACGCUGGACAGUUUGGAUAUGCUGCUCUCUGUGCGAUGUGCUUGCAUCAGCUUUACCAACAACCCUGCCACAAAGAUUUCAACAUGCGAUGCAUCAAAACAAUCCUAGCCCACCUUCACCAACCAAAACAGGUUGAGACGUCCAUCCUUGCCAUUGUAUCUGGAGCCGCUGGUGAUAGUUCCGAACCUUUCGUUAACGUCUUAAGUGUCGAAGAUGUCGUGGAGGAGAAUCCUAUGUGUAUUGUACAAGAUCUGAUGGCUGUUGUACUAAAUAAUGGUUACUAUGAUGCUCGCAUGAGAGUACUUAUCAAACACAUUGCAUUCCUGUUGAGAGUGAAGUGGGACCAGGUUGAGGAGUAUGAAGAACUGGUGGUACAACAACUUCAAGAGGAGGCACAUUCGGCCACAGAAGAGGAAGUUAAAGAGAAGAAGAAGUCGGAAACGAAUCGGAAGCGAAAGCGAUACUUCCUGAUAGGACUCGCCACCGUUGGGGGUGGCGCGUUGAUAGGGUUAACCGGUGGCUUGGCUGCCCCGCUGUUGGCAGCAGGCGCUGGUGCCAUCAUCGGUGGGGCAGGAGCUGCAGCGCUUGGCACCACAGCUGGGAUUGCUAUCAUCGGUUCUCUGUUUGGCGUGGCUGGAGCUGGACUCACAGGUUACAAGAUGAAGAAGAGAGUCGGGGCGAUAGAACAGUUUGAAUUCAUGCCCAUAGCUGAAAGCAGUCAGCUCCAUAUCACAAUUGCCAUAUCAGGCUGGUUGAGCAAGGAUGAGGGUGACUUUGCCCUGCCGUGGAAGACACUCGCCCACUCCAAGGAGCAGUACUGCCUGAAGUGGGAGGGGAAGUACUUACUACAGAUGGGCCAGGCAAUUGAUUAUCUGUUCAAUGGAGUUGUCACAGUAGCAGCACAGGAGGCACUAAAGUAUACAAUUCUCUCUGGUAUCAUUGCUGCAAUAGCCUGGCCAGCCUCCCUUGUCACCUUGGCUGGAGUAAUCGACAACCCUUGGAGCGUCUGCAUCAGGAGGUCUUCCGAGGCGGGUAAACAGCUUGCGGAAGUUCUGCUGAUGCGAGAACAGGGCAAGCGACCAGUGACCCUCAUUGGUUAUAGUUUAGGAGCGCGGGUGAUUUUUUAUUGCCUGCAGGAGAUGGCGAAAAGAAAACGCUCGGAGGGCAUUAUCGAAGACGUGAUACUUCUCGGUACACCGGUCACAGCCGACCCUAAAAGUUGGGAACCCUUCGCUCGGGUUGUUUCCGGUAAUAUCAUAAAUGGCUAUUGCCGUGGUGAUUGGCUGCUAAAGUUUCUCUACCGAACUGCAUCAGCUCAACUCCGGAUGGCCGGCCUACAACCAGUCAAAUGGAAUGACAGACGAAUGCUCAACAUCGAUUUAAGUGAUUUGGUGAAUGGCCACAAGGACUAUGUAACGAAGAUAGAUGAGAUACUCAAAAUUGUUGGCAUGAAGACGAAGGAACCUCCAAAGAGAGUGACUGGGCUUAAACUUGACACAACGCCCUCUAGCAGUGAAAAUUCCACACCGGAGCAUAAAGCUGGUGCAUGUGGCGAUUCAAAGGAACCCAUUAGUGAAAUCCUCGUUGAAAGUGUCCAAGAAACAACCAAGUUGAAGCGUUUGACACAGACUAGUGGAAUGACGGAGGUCGCAGAAACUGCUUUGGAUGCGUUAUUUUUAGAUGACGAAGAGGACGAUUUGUACGUGAAUGAUAAACCGGUGAUAGUUCAGUCAGAAUUGGAAGGAGGCGCCUCUGAGGGCCAAGGAAUGAGUCUGGAAACAGAGGAUGCUUUACUUAGCGAGAUUCAGGAGGAGACUGAGAAGGUUGAGAGUGAUGAUAAGAAGGGGGAGCCACUACCUUCUGGGAAAGAGGAUGAUAAAGGACAGAUGGGUUCGUGGGGAGAAUGGGAGCUGGACUGGGAUGAAGAGCUGAAAGAGGAGGGUGACGAACUUUUGCAUUCGGGAAAUUCUGGAACUUUUCCGUCUGAUGGUGAAAGGUGUUCAACGAAUGAUCUUAUUCAUGACUUGUCAGAAGAUGUCGCCAGAGAUGGUGAGACAUGUGUUGGUGCUACUACAUUUGUUCCUGAUGAUUCAUGCGCUGAUGAUCAACCAAUCAAAGAUCCCUCCAUCCCAUAAUUUGUUGACAGUGAUGCCAAAUAACUUUCCGUGUUUACAGGAGUAAAACUGUAAUACAUUUUGAUCCACCUGAGCUCAGUACAUUAGGACUACCAUAUCAGUUACACAUGUUUACACAAAGCUCAAUGUGAAAUCCAAGUGGCCUCCUAUUGAGCUCUGUGGACUGCUUGCCUUCAGCAGUGACAUUUGGCUGACUUUGGCCUUCCUUCUCCAUCUGAAUUGUCAAACACACAAAGAGUUAAGGCAGAGGCAAAUUUAUGAAGUCUUUCAGCUCAGCAUCAUAGAAUUCUGCACAUUAAAGGCAAUGUCAGUGUGAGUGAUGACUACCACCUGUACAUGUAUUGUAUGAGAAUUGUUGCAGUACAACCUCUCUAAAGGGACAGGCCUAGAACAGACAAGAGCUUUUCUUGAUGGGAAGGUAUCCACGAUUACAGAGGUCAAAUUGUUCAGAAAUCACCCCUAAGGGACCAAAACCAUUGUCCCUAAUGGAGAGGUUGUCCUGCUAUGAGAGAUUCCAUUCUGCUUUGUAGAUAUUUUACAGCACAUUUGUACGGUUUGUUUCCCACCAAUUCAAUAUUUGAUUGUGAUAUUUACAUGUAUGCCACAUCAUUGGCCUGGCAUUCUGCUUGCCAGUAAGAUUCCACUGUACUUGUCUUUUCCUAACGGCCUGCCAUUUGUUUGUAACCUUGAGCAAGUUGCUUAACUUUGGUUGCUUUGAUGAGUGUUAGAAAGAAAGAUUCCUUUGUGCCUGGUGUCUACAGGCGAGCUGGGGCAAGCAAAAGAAACUCUCCGCGUGGGCAGUAGAUUGCAAUACCAAACUCUUAAAGCUGCAUGUGCCAUUGGGCCUAAUUUAUUAUAUAUCCAAGGCUAAAACUAAUCUAAGUCAUAUUUAAGUGUUAGUACAACUCUUGUCCAUUCAAUGGCAUAAAUUGUUACUUGUUCUAUUAAGUUCCAUCUAAAUUCUAAGACUAACUUGUUCUAAAAUAUAUUGUUAAAUAAUAAUCAUCCUUCCUUCAUAUUACAGCUGUUUAAUAUUGCAUUUUCCUCUAUUAUGAAUCAAACUGUCUCAAGAUGAUUUUUUCUUUUUCAUGUAACCACAUGUACAUGGCAGUGUUUUAGUCAAAAGAAUCAUCCAAAUCUCGAAUGAGAUAACAUUAUUUCCUCCUGCUAAUGUUUAAAAAGUAAAAAGAAUAAAGGGAAACAUAAAAACUAUGGCUUUGACUUUGUAAAUGAAGGUGAACAUGAAUGUUUGUCUUGUUUCUGAUAAAUAAAUAUAAGAUGUACA